AUGGCGUCGCGCAGGUCGAGAUCUCCAUCGAGCCCUUCCGAGGGUGAGAUCAUCGAAUCAGGUUCGGAGACGAAGGCAACUACGUCGCAAUUUCCUCUUAAUGGCAGCAGCGUUGACCGUCCCACCAGAGUCAGUAUCACUUCUCCGGCGCCCAGAUCCAGAUCUCCCGCCUCGGUGAGCAGGUCGCCGCGCCGUCGGCGGUCGAGAACCCGGUCCCGGUCGCGAUCGCGCUCCCCCUAUCGUGACUACAGAGGCUACAAGCGCCGCCGAGACGAUGACUAUGACGAUCGGCGGCCCCCCAGACGCGCGGGCGGCCGCCACGACGACCACCGCUUCUAUGAUCGCGGCCAUUCGCGCAGACAGCCGCCGAGAUCCUAUCACGACUACGACCGGGAAGAAGAUCACGUUGGAGGACUCCGUUACAGUGACGACCAUGAUCGACGAAGAGAGAAGCGCGCUCGCACGGGCAGCCGCUCCCCCUACCGCGAAGUGCGGAAGCCGAAGCAGUACUCCGGUGAUGAGUGGGAUUCCCACAGGGGAGAGACCGUGGCUUCCCGGGAUACCAGGAGAACAUCCACUGAACAGUUAGUGAGCGAGCGAGGGAGCACUCCAAUCGUCGCUCGAGAGUCUAAACAAGUUACUGAAACGAAAAAGAAUCAGGUGCAGCAUGCUUCAGGGAGUAGUCGUGUUGAAAAUAGUGAAAAUGGAGUACAGGGCCAAUCGACGGAAGAGCAGCAGCCGGAGUCAAUCGACGAAGCGGAUCAGCUAGAGGCCCGUCGUAAACGACGGGAGGCCAUCCGAGCUAAAUACCGCAGUCAGGCGACGCCUUUGCGCUUACAGGCACUCAACAUCGAGACCGAUAGAGAUUCUCAGUCACCUAGCACUGACAUAAGUACGGCCAACGGUGCACAGGAGAGCCCAGCCGCCCAGACACCAAAUGACAGCGCUGGGGAAAUAUUCGCGGAUUUCAACAUCGGCACUGAUGCUGACCUCAUGAACAACGGUGCGCCCGUGGACGGCGACAAAGAUGAACCGUCUGCAGCAGACUACGACCCGACGGUGGAUAUGAAGGCUGAAAGGGAGAAACAUGACCAGGAUGUCCCGGCUGCCGCCUACGACGAGACGCAAGGUGCCAAGCAGGACAUCCUGCUCCCGGAUACACCGGCCCCGCCUAAGCCCAAAGCGAAAGACCCGUACGACAUGUUCGCGGAAGAUGAUGAUGAUGACAUGUUCGCCGAGGAGACGGAAGAGACCACGCAUGCAUCGGCAACCGCAGUGCCGCAGCCGCAAGAGCUGGAUGUCAGCAUGUUGGACAACUGGGAUGAUCCGGAAGGGUACUACAAUGUGCGUCUCGGUGAGUUGAUCAACGGACGGUACCAUGUACAGCAGAACUUGGGCAAGGGUAUGUUCUCAUCUGUAGUGCGGGCGACGGACUCGAAAACGGGAGGGCUGGUCGCGAUCAAGAUCAUCCGGCAAAACGACACGAUGCGCAAGGCGGGGAUGAAAGAGGUGGAUAUCCUGCAGCAGCUCCACGAGGCGGACCCGGGCGACAAGAAACACAUCAUCAAAUUCGAGCGGAUCUUCGACCACAAGGGCCACCUGUGCAUGGUGUUUGAGAAUCUGAGCAUGAACCUGCGCGAGGUGCUGAAGAAGUUCGGGCGAGACGUCGGGCUGAACCUGCGGGCGAUUCGGGCCUACGCGUCGCAGAUCUUCCUGGGGCUGAGCCUCCUGCGCAAGUGCAACAUCCUGCACGCGGACCUCAAGCCCGACAAUCUCCUGGUCAACGAGCAACGGAAUUUGCUCAAGGUGUGCGACCUGGGGUCCGCGUCGCCGACCACGGAGAACGAAAUCACGCCGUACCUCGUCAGCCGGUUCUACCGGGCGCCGGAGAUCAUGCUCGGGAUCCCCUACGACCACGCGAUCGACGUGUGGUCGAUCGGAUGCACGCUGUUCGAGCUGUACACGGGCAAAAUCCUGUUCACAGGGCGCAACAACAACCAAAUGCUACGGUCGAUCAUGGAGUGCCGGGGCAAGUACCCACCCAAGCUCCUGCGGCGGGGGACACUGACCCCGAUGCACUUUGACGAGAUGCUCAACUUCCACAGCACCGAGGAAGACAAGAUCACGGGACGAUUGGUAACGCGCAUAGUGGACUUCAAGAAGCCGACGCGCGACCUGAAGACGAGGCUACUGGGGAAGGGCACGCGGGGGAUGACGGAGAGCGAGGUGAAAGAGCUGGGGCAGUUUGUGGACCUGCUAGACCGGUGUUUGAGCCUCAACCCGGAGAAGCGAUGCACGGCGGCGGAGGCGCUGAAGCAUCCGUUUAUCGCACGAGGUCGGUAG